AUCCUCCUUCAGGAUGAAUCUCCUCUGACGUAGAACUAGAGGGACUUUGUUACUGACAUGUAAGACCUACAAAGAUUAGACCCACCCACGUCCCUAUGACUUUUGGUCAGAGGAGCGCGAUCCCUCCCUCCAUAUCUUCUCUUCUCUUCUCCUCUCCCUUCUCUUCUUCAUCGUCUUCCUCCUCAUUCCUCCCUUCUGCUGGCUCCUGUAUCUUCUUCUUCUUGGCUUCUUGAUCAAAUAUACAAUUCGCCUUCUCGAUCGAGUAGUUGAUGAACAGUGUUCCCCUUGAUUGAUUGAUCACCAUUAUUAUAACAUCCUCUUUCUUUCUUCUCACUGUACCACACACUUCGAUCUCUGCAGCCUGAACCAAGCAAGAAUUAUAGUAUUAGAACAACUCCAGAUAUCUCUAAAGCUGAUGAUCUAGCUCUACUUUCUGCAUCGAUCGAUCUCGUUAAUUAGGGUUAGAUCACCGGCCGGCACAGUGCAUCUUCAAAUAAGCAUCAUUUGCUCUUUGAGUGAUACAGUACUAUGCUUCCCCUUCUGCUGAUCUGCUCUCUCUGUCCCUGCAUGUAUUACAGUUAAUUUGUGUCAGUUCUUGCUUGGCUGAGCUAAGUUCACGCCAGAUCUUCAAAACCCCAAUCUUGCUACUGUGUUUUGUUUUUCUUGGACCACCCAGUUAUCUGCCUUUUUUUAUUUUUUUCCAAAACUCACAAAGCUUUGCACGUCAAACAUAUUAGAAGAAGCAUUGAGAUAACUUCCAGAUUAGCUGAAACCCUAGUUCUUUCUCAUUCUGAAUCAUCCACAGUGAGAGAUUGAGGAGAUGGACAUGAUCGGCAUGGCGUCGCCGGCGGAAAGCCCCGGCGGCGGCGGCACGGCCAGGCCGAGCAGGUACGAGUCGCAGAAGCGGCGGGACUGGCAGACGUUCGGGCAGUAUCUGCGCAACCACCGGCCGCCGCUGGAGCUCUCCCGGUGCAGCGGCGCGCACGUGCUGGAGUUCCUCCGGUACCUGGACCAGUUCGGGAAGACGAAGGUGCACGCCCAUGGCUGCCCCUUCUUCGGCCACCCCUCGCCGCCGGCGCCGUGCCCCUGCCCGCUCCGCCAGGCGUGGGGCAGCCUCGACGCCCUCGUCGGCCGCCUCCGCGCCGCCUUCGAGGAGCACGGCGGCCGCCCUGAGUCCAACCCCUUCGGCGCCCGCGCCGUCCGCCUCUACCUCCGCGACAUCCGCGACACGCAGUCCAAGGCCCGCGGCAUCGCCUACGAGAAGAAGCGCCGCAAGCGCGCCGCCGCCUCCCACACCAAGCAGAAGCAGCAGCAGCAGCAGCUGGUGGAACAGGCGGUGGCGCCGCCCGCCGCCGCCGCCGCCGCCGCGGCGCUGCCGGACAUGGAGACGACGACGACGACGACCACGGUGCCGCACUUCUUGUUCCCGGCGCACUUCCUCCACGGCCACUACUUCCUGGCACCGGCCGGCGAGCAGCCCGGCGGCGGCGACGUCGCGGCGUCGACGGGCGGCGCUGCCGGUGCUCCCAGCGGCGGCGGCGGGGAGGACCUGGUGCUGGCCAUGGCGGCGGCGGCGGCGGCCGCCGAGGCGCACGCCGCCGGCUGCAUGAUGCCACUGUCGGUGUUCAACUAGCUCCUCCAUCGAUCUCCAUUAAUCCUUAAGCUUACGCAGCUUUUGCAAAUGCAUUAUGGCGAUGGGCCAGCCUCAUCGCCAUUUGAUCAUAUCAAAUUGCUCGCAAAUGCAAAUUUGCAUGGAUGCGUGGUGAUUUGCAUUUGCUUUGGGAUUAAUUCGGAGGUUUUAUAUAUAAUUAGCUAGUGCAUGCACACGCACGUAAUUUGCAUGGUUUUUUUUUGUACGAAAUGUUUGUAGUAAAAUUUUAGGUUAAUUUAGUUAUAAACUGUCACUAAGCUAGCGGCAAGAUGGUCAGCUGUUGGGGCGCAUGUUAAUUAUCUUCAUGGCUUUGAAGUGACUUUUAAUUAAUUAAGGACUGGUCAACGAAAUGCCAAUGUAAAUUAAUCAAUUAAAUCUUAUAUAUCCAGCGUUGAUCCCACACGUACAAGUUUGUAUGUAUUGUAUGCAUUCCAAGAACUGCAAUUUCGUAA